UCAUAGAGCAUUCAGUUUUUAGAAAAUAAGGGUGAGGAUAGAAUGCUGAAGUAUACUAUGUCAGCUAUAGAGAGGACAUUUUCCUUCCAACCUCAAUUAACCGACCAGUUCAAAAUAAAAUUAUUGAAUCAAUACAACGAAUUGACUGAACUUCCGGUCAAAGAAUGGAUGAUCGUUGGGAAAACUGUAUUAUAUUUACAAGGGUUAAUUCAGACAUUAGAUGAAAUUGAAAUAUGGAUAGUGGGACCUCAUCGUCUGGUAAUGAGAGAAUGGUUCCAUGAAAACUCUGAGAGGUGGCAUUCUGAUGAUGAUGAUAGUCAGGAUGAAUAUUCUGAUGAUAGCCAGGAUUAUGAUGAUGACUCUGAGGAAACGUUUAUACCAAUAUCAUACAGUAUUUCCAUAGACGAAAUCUUUAUUACAGUAAAAGUCAUGUGUUAUUCUACAUUGUUUGAUAAUCAGAGAACGGAUGGAUUCAAGUUAUAUUUGAGUAUAUUUGAACGCUUGAGUCGUAAUUGUUCAUGUCAUAUAGAGAGGAAAGCGUUAAUAAUAAAAGAAUCUAUGUUAAUCGAUAUUUACUUCAGCAAAUGUCAUACUUAUAAAAACGAUGAUGACAAAACUUAUAAAGAUUUAAUAGUGUAUAAUCCACCACCCUUGAAAUAUUUAGCAUUAAUUAAAUUUCUGUUAUCAAUAUAUCCACGCUUUCACUACUUGUACUGGAAACUAGAGGUUCCUGACCUUAUGUCUGAAAGCUUUCAUGAUUUUUCUGAUAAUGAUGGUGAUGACGACGUGAAUUAUUUCUGAUUAUAUUUUGAAUAAAAAAAAAAAAAAAACAUUGAAAUUAAUUCGAAGUUGUUUUAUUAUAACCCUUUCUACAUUGUUUCCAUGUCGUAAAGUAUUUUAUCUUUAUAUAAAAUAAAACAUUCGUUCAGUAUUACAUUCUCAAUUGAGGGAUUGAGGUUACAAAAAUUUUCAAUUAAUUUUACAAUCGACUCAGAACUAUUUUUUCUGAUAUCAUUCAUGACACAUAGAAAAUUCCUAUAAUGAGAUGAAAAAUUGAGAUUCACUAAUAUGUCAAAACGUUUCUUUAUUGAAUUUUCAUUGAUUUCUAGUAUCUUAGUCACCUCAUCACCGAUUAAAUAUAUAAAAUUAUCAUUCCUACAUAAUUGUAUAAUUUUGAAACCGUUCACAGUUGUGUUUAUUAUAGAAAUAUCAUCCACAUAUCUAAUGUCAUUUUCUCCAUUUAAGUUGAGAAUUUCAAUGAACAUUAUCCAUUGUAGAAUAUCGAAGGAUAUUGAUAACUUUCUGUCGUGGAGUAAAGACGCUUCGUUUGUUGAU